AUGGCAAUAAAUAAACAAGAAAAAAUUCUUAUUAAUUUAGCCGGCGAUGUUAUGAUUGGCCGUUUAAUUGAUCAACUUCUUCCAACAUCUGUUCAUAAUCCUGAAGAAGCAGCUUUCGUUCAUCAAUUUCGUUUAUCUCGAAGUCUACAUUGUCCUUAUUUACAAAAAGGUAAAUAUAAUUAUGAAACUAUUUGGGGAAAUACUUUACCAUUAUGGAAAGAGGGAAAUUUAAAUAUUAUUAAUUUGGAAACAUCUGUAACAACCCAUGAUGAACUUUGGCCGGAAAAAGUUUUUAAUUAUCGUACUCAUCCUGAUAAUAUAGCUUGUCUAACAACAGCUAAUAUUCAUCAUGUUUCACUUGCUAAUAAUCAUACGUUAGAUUUUGGAAUUAAAGGUCUUGAAGAAACAUGUGAUAGUCUAGAGAAAUCUGGUAUAUCUUAUGUGGGUGCAAGUAAAACACGUCAACAUGCACUUGGACCAGUUUACAUUGAUAUUCCAACAACAAUUAAAAAGUUAAAACCUGUUCCUAUUAGUUCAACUACACCUCGUUCUUCUACAUCAAUUAGAAUUGGUCUACUUUCUGCAUCUGACCAUCCAUCAGAUUGGUCUUCUGUUCCUUCAUUUCAUUUAAUUACUUAUGAUCUUCCACAACUUUAUACGCAACUUGCACCUCUCAUUGCCACGGCACGUUCAAAUUGUGAUUUUGUUAUUUUUUCUAUUCAUUGGGGUCCUAAUUAUCAAUGGAUACCCGAUAGAAAAAUUCAAGAACUCGGUCGUUGGAUGAUUAAUGAAGGUGUUGAUCUUAUACAUGGACAUUCAAGUCAUCAUAUACAAGGUGUAGAAAUUGUUAAACGUCAAAAUCAAACGUAUGGUUUAAUAAUCUUUGGUUGUGGAGAUUUUCUUGAUGAUUAUGCAAUCGAUAAACAAUAUCGAAAUGAUCUUAGUGCACUAUUUCGCUUAAAUUUAUCAAUAUCAUCAUCAAAUUCAGAUAAGAAAAAAUCAAUUUAUCUUCAUUCACUUUCAAUUUUUCCCGUACGAUGUUCGAAUUUUCAAGUUAAUCGAUUAGAAAAAGAAGAUACUGAUUGGAUCUGGAUUCAACAAAAACUGGUGCAAUUAAGUAAGAUCGAUAAUAAAACAUGGACAAUUGGUGAAGAUAAUAAUAUAGUACUUGAUAUUCAUUCUUAA